UGGCGCUGCUCUCUCAUCAUUCACACACAUAUUUACUCUUCUUCUCCUUCUUCCUCUUCUUCCCUCUCCACUAAUCAAUCCCAUUCCUAUUCCUCUCCCACCAUAAAACAAGUCAACAAUAACAUCCAACUUAUACUAAUAUAUACCCAAGAUUUGAUUUUUAUGUACCUAUCUCUCUCUAUGUAGUGAGUUUACACACACACACACACACACACAACGCGCAGUGGAGAAAUGGAGAAGGCCAGUAAUGGGUUUGUGAGAGCAGAUCAGAUAGAUUUGAAGAGCUUGGAUGAGCAGCUCGAGAGGCAUUUGAAUAGGGCUCUGACUCUGGAGAAGAGCAGGAAGAGUCAAACUCAAGAUGAUUUCUCCCUCCCCUCCUUCUCCGCCUCCACCGCCGCCGUCGUCAGGAGGCCGAGGCAGGAGUGGGAGAUUGACCCUUCUAAGCUGAUCAUCAAGAGCGUCCUUGCACGUGGCACCUUUGGCACCGUCCACCGUGGCAUUUAUGACGGCCAAGAUGUCGCCGUUAAACUGCUCGAUUGGGGGGAAGAGGGCCACCGGACCGAGGCUGAAAUUCAAUCCCUAAGAGCAGCUUUCACUCAAGAAGUUGCUGUUUGGCACAAACUCGAGCAUCCUAAUGUAACAAAGUUUAUAGGUGCAACGAUGGGCUCUUCGGGGCUAAACAUUCAGACAGAAACUGGCCAUAUUGGUAUGCCUAGUAACAUAUGUUGUGUCGUUGUGGAAUAUCUUCCAGGCGGUGCAUUGAAAAACUACCUCAUAAAGUUCAGGAGAAAGAAGCUCGCGUUUAAAGUUGUUGUGCAAAUGGCACUAGAUCUCGCUAGAGGGUUAAGUUACCUUCACUCUCAAAAGAUUGUUCAUAGAGAUGUCAAAACAGAGAAUAUGCUGUUGGACAAGUCGCGAACGGUUAAGAUAGCUGAUUUUGGAGUGGCUCGCAUAGAAGCCUCAAAUCCAAACGACAUGACAGGGGAGACGGGAACUCUUGGAUACAUGGCUCCGGAGGUUCUAAAUGGAAACCCUUACAACAGAAAAUGCGACGUCUAUAGCUUUGGAAUCUGUUUGUGGGAGAUAUACUGUUGCGACAUGCCAUAUCCCGACCUCAGCUUCUCGGAGGUUACAUCAGCAGUCGUGCAGCAGAAUUUGAGGCCCGAUAUACCUAGAUGCUGCCCGAGUUCCCUUGCAAACGUAAUGAAACGGUGCUGGGAUGCAAAUCCAGACAAGAGGCCCGAAAUGGACGAGGUGGUUGCCAUGAUAGAGGCCAUCGAUACGUCUAAAGGGGGUGGAAUGAUCCCGGUGGACCAGCAACAAGGCUGUCUCUGCUUCCGUACGAAACGAGGUCCGUGAAGAGUUGGAUUCAGUUUUCUUGCAACAAGAAGAUGAAGAGCAAGAAAUGUGUUUGGUAGUUGUGGAUAUAGACUAACAAGCUUUGCUGCAUAUUAUUUGCAUUGUGUAAAGAUUUACAAGUAUUAUUCUUCAUCGAUAUUCUAUCAAUAUUAAUUCAUUUUAUUACUACUA